CUGAAUAAAAGGAGAUAUAAUAAUAAAUUGGCUCAACAAGCAUCCUCCUUUCAUCUGUAUUAUCUAUCAUAUUUAUUAGAAUCUAUUUAUAUUAAAAUGUUAUGUAUUAUUACACGGAUAGAGUUUAUUAGGUUACAGCGUAAUUUUGGAGGCAGAUUCCUGAAGAAAAAACCCAAGAUAACUGAUAUACGACGCUGACAUGUUUGCUGGUUUUUGCAUAUUACGUGACUUUGAGAUAAUGCCGCGAUGAACUGACUGACAUUGCCGCUAUAUUUGCGCACAUAGUUAAUGAAACUUUCAUAUGCGUGAAUAGCAAUUCCAUAUUUGUCUAAAGUAAAAGCAUUUGCGGUGGCAAGCAGCUCGCAGCAUUGACGAACACAUUUCCACGUGUACAAAACUGAAGAAAAUGAAACGUCGGAAUUUUGCACAUUUAUCGAUAGCGGACGAUCGUCCGUGGUUGUUCUGUUUAUUUAACCUGAGCUUAAGCAAACUAUAUUUAUAACCAGAUUUUUCAAAUUUCACUGAAAAAAAAUUCAAAGUUGAAGGAUUCGUAUGGUGAGAAUGAUCGUAAGGACGGAAGAUAAGCUCAACGAUGAAUUGGUUCCGAAGAUCUCGAUAUAUGACGUUUCGUUCCGUCAGAAAAACCUCUCUUCAACUGCAGAUAUUAUUAAUAAAUGCCGUAGGUCUAUUUAAUUUAAUUGGCAAUAACUUCAAUUGGGGCUGGCUCAAGGGCGAUCUGCAGCUGAAGAAAAUUUGGGAAUUGCCAGUUUUGCAACCUGAUAAUUCUGAUGUGACGGAUAUCGAUUGGAUUAAGACCAUUUUAUCGCAGAUCGUCGUGGCUCGAUUUGUGAUCAAUAGUGUGUCCCUCGUCGCUCAUAUCGCUAAUAUCUAUACAAUAUUAAUGCGAGAUCGGCAGGACUUGCUCAUAUUUUGGAUGGUGCUCAGUUUCGUCAAAGACAUCCUCCUGGAAGUUAUCGUUGUUACCAUUACUUUAAUACUGUGGCGUAACGGAAGUAUCACAACAUCGCUUCUCGUCGAGUUUAUAGCAAAGAAAGCAAUACGGCUUGCUAUCUCAAUUUGGAAAUGGUGCACGACCCUUAAUUGGUACAUGCAACUGCGAAAAGUGGCGAAGCUCCGGGAGUUUUUCGAAUCGAUUGUACGGAGAAAUGACACGGGGAUUAUCGACACGGUCGGAAGAGCCGGAUAUUCUCUGGACGAUGCGAGUCUUUGCAUAGCGAUAGCCCGACGAGGUAAGUGCGCGAGCCUGCUGAGUUUGCACGAGUCUCCCGAGGAAUCGUCCAACAGAGUGAAGCUUAAUGGAGUGUGUCCCGAAUUGCGGGCUACGAAAUCCCUGACGACUCUGAUCAUCAACGAUAGUUACGAUACGAACGGUACGAACGAUCACGACUCGAUCGGCAACGACUUGAGCGUGGCGGAGAAAUCGAUGAAGAUGCUCGAUAUCACUGCGGAGGAUGUGAUGGACGCACGCGCGAGAAUACAAGAGCGCUCCUAUUGGGACGAACGAUAUGCGACCGCAAGGAUAUUUAAUCCGGUGGAAAAUAUGAUGACACGUUUUCCUCGGGACAAAUAUGGAAUAGAAGGUGCUCUCAGAAACGGCCGGGCCGCGGUAGACAAUGAGGGAGGCGACGAAGAAAGAACUGCAGACAUCGCUUUGGAAAAGGAGGAUGCCGCCGGACGUUCUUCGACGGGGGAGGAAAAGGAAAAGGAUAACAGCGAGACGGUUUUGCGGGACGGGAAGAAGGAAAUCUCAACCGAGGGGUGGGAAGAAACGAUUUCACUGCUAAAAAAUGGACACGUUACGAGCGAUAAAGUGAAAGGUCACAUAGCAGUGACGAAAUCAAGUAACUUUAAUGUCGUGUCAGGGGAGAAGGAAGAAGAAGCACAGGAAGCUGCGAAAAUUGUGCAAAAUCCUUCGAAGGAAUAUGAAAGGAACCCGAAGGCCGAAUCACGUUCUUCUCCUGUCAAAGACGCGGAAGCGGAAUUUUCUCCCGUUCCUGUAGGCUACGAAUACAAAUUGAUCGGCGAGGUUGAUGAGAGAAAACAUCCUUGCCGGGUCGAGACGGCCUUAGCUGUGAACGCAAAUGGGAAUUCUGAAAGUUCUGAAAUGUCAUCGCUUACGUGCCACUGUACUUUGAGUAGGAAUAUUAACUCCCAAAAGAACAAGGAGCACUCGCGAUCGACUAAUGUUGAGGACAAAAGUGACAGUCGCGACAUCGGUGGGAAAAAAUCGAAGGGUUUCGCUUCGGAUAUCGUCACGCAGGGGGACGAAUCGAACGGACGUAGCUCCGCGUUGAUACAUUUGGGGCGUAGCUCGAAGAAACGAACGCAAACGUCCCGAGAAUAUUCGGGGACGGAAGCGGUCGCUGACUGGAACAGCGUGUCUCUGGUUGGGAGUGCACGUCCCUCGGGAUACGAGAAAAGAUCCGUCGCGGGCGACGAAUCGGAAAAUCGGAAGAGCGUUCAGACCGAAAUCUCUGAGUCGGUGAUUUCUUUAAGCGAGCAGCGCACACGGUCGCCCGAUUUGCACGCAGUCAGCGAUUUCGAGUCGUUCGGGAAGGAGACUUACGGGAAAUUUCAGGUACACGGUAUGACGGAGGCGAGCACUUUGGAAACUUAUGAUUUCAUGCUGGAGGACGAGAAACGGGCAAGGACGAGAAACCGAUACGAUUUACGGCCGAACCGAAGACUAUCUCUCGAGGAACGCGAAGCGAUCGAGUUGAGAGCUUUAAAGGCUUACAACGAGCAAACCUUGUUGGAGGAUAAGAAAGAGCUGGAGGCGCGCAAAAGAUACGAUUCGUCGUUGGGUUACGAGCGAUCGGUGGUGAAGGUAGCCGAAAUUUCCAAGGUGAGAGAUUUGAAAACCUUCGAAGGCACCGCGCUGUUCGGGAAUGAAGUAGAAACAAUAACGGGGAAGGAUUUAUCGAGAAACUUCGAGCGAUCGAUCGACGAUUUGAAAUUGGAAGUUCCAGCAACUUACAAAGGGUUUACUUUUUCGGGUCGGAAUCUGAUCGACGGGAGAAAAAAUGAUUCGUCGAAGCAUGCGGCGUCGUCAGCACGAAAGAAAGAUACCGAAAUUCCAAUGGUAAAUCUCGAUCGUCUCUUGAACAACGAUAAUGUCUCCGGUUAUCCUUCAGAAGCUGGAGUCAUGAGUUGUUUAUCCAAAACACGCGAUGACACAGACAGUCAUUUCGACCUGGACGAUCGUAACGCGAGGCAUGACAUGACGCGUCCACUGAAUCUCUGGGAGGUCACGAGGAAUAUCAAGUGGAGUCCUCAUCCUCAAGGUAUCAUACUGACUAAUAAAGGUUUGCUAGACGAACCUUCGGAAAACAAGAGAUUUCGCGAGAGCCAACGCGACAUCGUCGACAACGAUACCGUCAGCGUAUUACACAACGCUUUCUUCUUCAAGCCUGAGAUCACAAUAAGGAUUUUCCGGCACGCUCAAACGAGACUCGAGGGGUCAUCUCCGAAUUUCGAGCGGCGCGAGGAUUUCAGCGUGAAUUUCAUUUGCCGAGUGAACAAUGAGAUAUACGUGCAAGAUCGAGACUCGCUGCCCGAUUCCCAGUGGAUAACGGAAGGCCGGAAUAACCUGAGCCAUUCGUUUCUUCUCAAUGUUAACAGCAAUCACAUCGCCGAAGAGGAAAAUGGCCACGAUUUGUGCAUAAUAUUUAUCGGUCGAGAAGAGGUCAGCGAAUCGGAAACCUCGAUUGCAGGAGAUUUGGCCGAGCCUCGAGGAAACAUGCAUUUAAGCGUCGAAGAUGUUCAAGCGACGAAUAUCUUAGUGUUCGAUGCGAAUUGCCAGACGGACCGUGCGAUUAACGAUAAUUUACCAGUUCAAUUUAUAAUCAGUGUGUUGAGGAACUUUGGUAUCGAGGUGUCGCAAGAAAGUAUACGAGAUGUUUUGGCCGGACAGAUCGAAGAGUACGGGGGUGCAAGUGACGUCGCUGUAAUUAACGAUUUUCCGUCCCAUGUUUUUCAUACGGCCGGUGUAAACUCCGUUGGAAGAAAUAAUUAUACGUACGACCAAAUUUCAUCGAGUCAAGGUUAUAACAACGACAUGAUCGAGGAAAAAAAUCCAGAAAUUUUGUGCUUGAACAAUAAUGGUUCGGAUAAUUUAAGUGCCACGUCAUCUGUUAAAUCGCUAAAAUACGAUAAUUAUUAUGAUUUACAAGAUGAGAAAUAUUUGAGUGCUAUCGAUAUUAAUGUUAAAGAUAAGGUAUCCGAGAAUAAUUUAUCUUUCGUAAAUGUUGAUAAUGAUGUUACGUCACGAUCGUCAAAUUUUGAUAACAAUGAUGAUGACGAUCGUCAAUUAGGCUAUUUAAAUGAUGAAAAGGAGGAAAAUGAGUUUAAUCUCACUUUGGAAAACUCUACGGAAAUAUCUCCCACUAAGACGUUGUCACUUGUCAAUUCAUACAGUCAAACAUCGAUAUUAAAAUCAAUUGGCGAAGAGCUUCAAAAACUGACACAACUUUCGAACGAGAACUUUCAAGCUACUUCAGAAAAUGUCAAGAGAAAGCCAAUUUCAAAUUCAGAUAUUAAAAGUAACGAUAACAUUUUACAAUCUCGAAAUAUUGAGAUUUUAAAAUUAACGAGUACGACGCAAAAUGGCAUAAGAAACAAAAAUGAAUGUAGACCUAUUUACGGAAGAACAAAGGAUUUUUUGACAGACCAAUUUCUCGGAAUAUAUUCGAGCGAUGAAAGUGAUAUCAAUUCUUUGCUCGAAAGGAACAGCUCAGAACCGACGGUGAAUGGAGGUAGUUUGAUGGAAGAGUUUUCUAAUGACACUAUACCGCCAAGAACAUCUUCGAACAUUUUUGCCGAUAACUCCUCACAUUCUCUCGAUAACGAAAAUUAAUAUGUGUUUAUCUUGUAACUUAGUAUGCAAUAUUUAAUUAACAUUUACCGUACGGGCGUCAUGCAAAAAGAAUUAUUUGAUUAAUACGAUACAUAGUUGCUGUCAGGUAAAUAUCAUAAAAAUAGACAUAAUUGAGAUUCGAUUUGCGUUACAUGUAAGUGAAAUAAUCGUUAUAAAUUUGUUGCACAUGCCUUAGGCAACAGAUUAUUUUAUAUUGCCGUAGGGAAUUCUUAAAUAACAAGUAAAUCUUACGAUAUAUAUAUAUAUAUUCUACAAAUUAGAAAUAAUGUUCAAAAAGUCUAUUCACAAAUUCUGAUGCUUUAUUUUGUUCUAUACAAGUUGCUGUUUUAUUUCCUAGUGUUGCAAUAAUUUAAUGCUGCAAUGUAAGGUAUCUUAUACCUGUUUAAUAAGGACUAUGCUGCAUUCUCAGUGCAUACCCGCCGAAUCCACUACAAAUUUAUUCGUAAUAUUAUAAAUUUAUAUUCGUAAUAUUAUAAAUUUAUAAUUCGAAAUAAUAGACAAUAUUACGCAGAAAUUUAUCAGUUCUGAUAUUAUUAUAUGAUAUUAUACCUCUGAUAUUAUUAUAUGAUAUUA